CUGGUCCUGAAAGUGGUAAAUGCCUGGAAGGACCAGGUGCACAGCCUGGGGGUCAUUUUGGACUCACCGCUGUCCAUGGAGGUGCAGGUCAGUUCUGCAUCCAGGGCGGCUGUCUACCAGCUCCAUCUGAGACCCUCCCUGCUUGCGCUGUGUCUCACCAGAGUGGUCCAACCUCUGGUUAUCUCCCACUUGGGACUACUGCAAUGCACUCUACGUGGGGCUACCUUGGAAGGUGACUCAGAAACUACAAUUAAUCCAGAAUGAGGCAGCUAGACUGGUGACAGAGUGGCCGCCGAGACCAUAGAACACCAGUCCUAAAGGAUUUACACUGGCUCCCAGUACAUUUCCAAGCACAAUUCAAAGUCUUGGUGCUGAGCUUGAAAGCCCUAAACAGCCUGGGCCCUGUAUACCCGAAGGAGCAUCUCUGCUCGCAUUGUUCAGCCCAGACACUGAGGUCCAGCUCCGAGGGCCUUGUGGUGGUUCCCUCCCUGUGAGAUGUGAGGAUACAGGGAACCAGGCAGAGGGCCUUCUCGGUAGUGGCACCCGUCCUGUGGAACGCCCUCCCAUCAAAUGUCAAGGAGACAAACAACUAUCUGAUUUUUAGAAGACAUCUGAAGGCAGCCCUGUAUUGGGAAGUUCUUAAAAUUUGAUGUUUUACUGUGUUGGAAGCAGCCCAGAGUGGCUGGGGAACCCAGUCAGAUGGGUGGAAUAAAUCACUUGUUAUUAUUUCCCCUGGUUGGUCCAGCCUUUUGGGCCCUCCGGAUGUCCUUAGACAGACAUGCCCAUCUUGGGACUGUUUCUGGGGGCGGGAGGGGGGACGCGUCUCGCUUGUUUUGCUCCGGUUUGGGGCUGCAGGAAUAAAGAAGAUUGCCAAGCCAAGGUUGCAACCAUCUGGGUGGCUUGAGUUCUGUGAAAGCGUCCGGCCUUUGGAGAUAACCAGCAGCUGAAAAUAGAACAGAGAAGGAUUCCUUUGAGCCAAACUUCUUUUCCUCCUCCUCCAAUAAUCUCUCCAGGGAACAACACUGUGCAUUGUUGAUUCAAGGACAGCCGGGUUGAAAGGAGAGAAUUCGAGACACCUCUUUGCCGGCCGUUUCGCUCUCUCUCUGUGGACGCUUCCUCUACCCCCUUUUUCAAAGGAUGUCUCCAUUUGCUGCUAGUGUCCGGCGGCUUUCCUAGAAGCAUCCUGAGACAAACCAUGCGUUCCGUUAUCGGAGCAGCCGUCCUGAGCCUCCUGCUGAUGAUCAAGUCUAUCCCUGCGCCUGGGAAGGAGAUCCUAGCAGGAGGAGGGCCUGAGCUUCCAAGCUCCAGGGAAUCUGGGGGGCCCAGUCCCCCAGAAGAGGACGAAGUCCUGGGCACGUCGGACUUUGGAGACCCCAGGAUGGCGGUGGAGGCCCUAUAUCCCACGGACGCAGACUGGGACGGGCCCUUAGGUCUGUGGCCCCACAGGGCUAGCUUUCGGCUGAGGCCCCACGGAGACCCCCAGGGGCCUGUUUGUAGAGUGAAGGUGCACCGGGGCGGUGAAUGGAGCCGCCGUCCCCUGGAGGUUUUGGGUCUCUUCACCAGCUACGGCAGCAGGUUCCUGAAGGCUCUGAGCGGAUCAAUCUGGAGCGAGGAGGAUAUGGAGGUGUUUGGGGUCUGCCCCACAGAUGUGUCCCGGGGUGUCCUGGCCUCUCUACAGCGGGUCGGCGCUCACCUGGACGACCCGGGUGAAAACCGGCUUCUGUGGCUGCACCUGGAAGAAGUGAAAUGGGAGGCGGAAACGAAACUGCUCUUCCAGCUGGCCUUCCACGAGGACGACGCCGGGGGCUCCCUGAGGUCCCUGCAACUGGCCCUGCUGAUAUUUUACCAAGGCGGAAAGGAAUCGGGGGGCGUCGGGACCCCCCCGGAGAAAUUCCUGGUGGGAGGGGAAGGUCUCCAUCCUAAACAGGUCGUCUGUCUCUCCAGCAGAACCCAGUACCUUGUCCUUCAGGGGUCGGCGAUGUCAGGCAGACAUUCACUGGGGCAGCUCAGCUUUGAGGUUUCCUUGGCAAUCAGGAGGCAGAGCAGCAAUGGCACCGGCCUCUCCCAACACGAAACCCAAAACCUCCUGUUCGGUUUCGACCCAAAGUGCUUCACCCGCAUGACUCCGGCUGUGCUGCUCCUGGCCAGGCUGAGACCCCGAGCCGCUCCAAUCCUUCUUCCCUCCUCAUCUUUCCUCGCCGCCGAUGGCAAGUUGGACGUGGUCCCUUACCUGAACCCCAGUGUACCCCCAACGUCUUCCACGGCCGAUGUGCAGCCCUCCCUGGCGCCCCAGGUGAACGCCACCUCCGCCCACCCAGCACCCUCCAGCACCGGCCGUUUCCUCGCCGCUCUCUCCCAGUUCGUCAACAAGGUCCUGAGCCCUUCCGGAGAGCCCCCACCGGCCCCCGGGCCGCAGCUGCGGCUGAACUUUGACACCAUGGAAGCCCUCCCUCACCGGGUGCUCAACCUCUCUGAGAAGGUGGCGCUGGAGCGGCUGGUGCAGUCCGAAGACCCCCUGGUGGUCUUGUUCCCCGAAAACAGCCAGGCCUUGAUGGAGAGCCACCUGGCGCACUGGGCGCUGGAGGGGAAACUGCUGCGGCAACUGCUGCAGAAAUUGCGGGAGGUGAUUCGGGAGCUGGCAGCCUCCCCGUCUUUCCGGGACCACGAGACCCUCUUCCACGGCCUCCUGGCGUUCUGCUACUACCCUCCCGGGGUCUCCGGUGGCGGCGAUCCCGAGGGAUCCUCAGACGGCUCUCCUGGGCGGCGGAAGAUCCACAGCCUGCUGCUUCUCAAAGCCUUGCAGGCCCUGCGCGCCCGCUGGCGGGAGUCCUGGAAGGCGGCCCCCCGCGCCAACCGCAGCACCCAGGAGCGAGACGACUACUGUCGGCUGCGCAAGCUGCGGAUCGAGCUGGUGUCCACGGGGUACAUCAUCUUCCCCGAGUGGUACGACGCCAACAACUGCGCUGGGCCCUGCCGCUUCCCGCUCUCGUCCCGCGUCCCCGACUACUACUCGCACACGCUUUUCCUGCUGCGGGUGCAGGAGCAGGGCCUGCCCCUGGAGAGAGCCCCCUGCUGCGUCCCCGUCAGGUACUCCAGGAGCAUCAUCGUCACCUUCACCAACGACCAAGGCAUGAAGGUGAAGGCCUACCCCGACAUGGUGGCCGAGGAGUGCGGCUGUCGGUAGAGAGAGGCCGGCUCGGCGGCGGCGGCCGGAGCAAGCUUUGCCCUCCUCCUCCCGCCGUUGAGCUCGCCUCUCCUUGCCCGGCUGUGCCCUGUUCUCCUUUCCCAUCAAUUACAUCACCUUCCUCCCACUGCUGACAUCAUCCUCCUUCGCUCACCAUUGACUUCACCCUCCUUCGCUCACCAUUGACUUCACCCUCCUCCCACCGUUGACAUCACCCUCCUUCGCUCACCAUUGACUUCACCCACCUUCGCUCACCAUUGACUUCACCCUGCUCCCACCGCUGACAUCACCCUCCUUCGCUCACCAUUGACUUCACCCUGCUCCCACCGCUGACAUCACCCUCCUUCGCUCACCAUUGACUUCACCCUCCUCCCACCGUUGACAUCACCCUCCUUCGCUCACCAUUGACUUCACCCUCCUCCCACCGUUGACAUCACCCACCUUCG